GUAAACAAGAGAAGACAGUCGAGGGCAGCAGGGAUCAAACAGGCCGGUGUCACCGCAAAUGAUCGCCAUCACACGCCGAUAAACGGCCGACAUGGGGCUGCCUGUCACGAUUAAAGUCAACUUCCGGGGCAACGUGAAGCGGUUUCUGGCUCAGGAUCUGGACAAACUGGAGUGGGAGUCCGUUGAAGCCUGGAUUAAAGCGUCUUUUGGGAUCAACCACUUUCAAGUCAAAUACUUUGACGAAGAUAAUGAAGAGAUUUGCAUAAACAGUCAAGAUGAAUAUGAAGAAGCCAUCAAGAGUGCUGAGAAGCAGGGGAACCAGUUGCACAUGAACGUGUACAAGAUGAAGGGGCAGGCCUGCGGAGGUCCGCUGAAGACGGAGGUGAAGGAGCUGAAAGGAGACCUCCGGCCGGCUCCUCCUUAUCCGUCCAGAGUCAAAACAGUGGACAAAGGCACCCAGGUCACCCCCGAGCGAGAAGCUGUCACAGUGAAGGACAACAAGGGGAACAAGCCAGAAGAUGAGCCACCUCCUAUGUGGUUUCGAUCGUACAUGGAGAAGUUUAAAGACGAGGUGGUGAAAGAGGUGGUUGAAAGGAUGUGCAGUGACUUUUCGGGACAGUGUUGUACCCACAAAUCAUCUGACGGGCCCUUGGAGGCCAGCGGCGGUCCUAUAGGACCCAGGCCGGGCCCCUCCACCUCCAAUGGAUCCCUUGGCUACACCCCGAACUGCAGCAGUUGCAACAAACUCACCUCUGAAGGGGCCUACAAAUGCAGUGUGUGCCCGUCCUGCAUCCUGUGUGAGAUGUGCAGACAUAGCCAUGACCCCAGCCACAACCUCGUGAGAACCAAGACACCUCUCUCCAUCCCUGAGCAUGGAAUGUCGGGAGAGUUGAGGUUCCCACGGCGAGGAGACAGGACAGUGCGCAAGGCCGAGCGACAGCGCCUCAAAGCUGAAAGGAGGCAGCUAAGAGCUGAAGUGAAGGAAAUCAAGAAGAAACUGAGACUGGAGAAGAGGGGGCUGCAGUGGAGCGGGCCCUCUACCUCAGGCAGAGCCAACCUGACAAACAUGGCCUCCGCGUCCACCCAGGUCCCAGCCCUGCCCCCCCCUGCCGCCUCAGAAACAGCCUCAGGUCCAGCCCCAGCCCAAGGUCCCAUCCCUGCCCCGGCCCCUGAUCCCCAGGCCUCCAGUCCAGAGGGUCCUGGGGUCUCGCACACGUCCUUGGUUCCCACUAUGGCUGCCUUGUUUCUGGAUGAAAAUCUGCCGGACGGCACGCGUCUGGAGCCUGGUACCAAGUUCAUCAAAUACUGGAAGAUGAGGAACUCGGGCACUAUCAGCUGGACCUCAGAGACUAAGCUAGUGUUCAUGUGGGGGAACCUCGGCCUGGCGUCAGAGGAGAGGAGGGAGGUGCCAGUCCCCUUGCUGCUGCCCGGACAAGUGGGAGUGGUCAGUGUGGCCUUUGUCGCUCCCGUGAUGGACGGGACGUACACCUCCCACUGGCGGCUGGCGCACUGCGGUUGUCAGUUUGGCCCGCGGGUCUGGUGCAGCAUCGUGGUCGACCCUGGUGACGGCCGCAAUGUGCUCGGGCAUCAGAGCAAACGACUGAAGGAGGAGGCGAGACCAGCAGAUAAGGCGAAAGAGCUUAAGUCCAAGGAGGGCGGCCCUGGACUGUCUGUAGAACUGAACCACGAGGACUACUACUUCCCCUCAGUCGACCUGCUGACUGCACAGGAUCUGCUGUCCUUCGAGUUGUUGGAUAUAAACAUCGUGCAGGAGUUGGAGAAGGUGCCGAACAACACUCCUGUGGAUUUGACUCCCUGCAUAUCCCCGCUGCCCCAUGAUGCACCAGUGUUGGAGAAGGCCAUCAUUUCACAGAUGAAAGAAGACGCAGAGGUCACAGGGGUCCGAAAACUUUUUGGAGUGAAACUGAGGCAGCAGAGGGAGCUGCUGGAGCCUGCGUCCCAGGAGGAGGACAGGGAGGAGGAGAUCAGUGGAGCUCAGUUCCUCUGUGAGACGGUCAUCCGCUCGCUCACCCUGGAGGAGGCCCCUGAUCACAGACCCCUGCGCAGACUUCAGUACGGCAGCCACAAACCACAGGUUGUCUCCCGGGGCACCAGCUUCUGCUUUGAGAGAGCUUCAGAGGCUGAGAGGACAGAGACGGUGAACGAGAGAAAUGAGGAGAUCUGCGCCGUUAGACUUGAGAGCUCAGCUCUGCCUCUCAACACGGGCCUCAACCAGACCACCCAGGAGAAGCAGACCAGGCCAGUUAUUCUGCUGGAGCCAGCGAAUGAAAACCUGCAUGUCAGUUCACAUCAUGACAAUGAGGACGAAGAGGUCAUGGUCCUGAAUGACAUGCAGAACAUGAGGCGCAUUCAAGAGGAGAAAGAGGAGGGUGGAACCAAAGGAGAAGACUGGGAGGAGGUCAGCAGCCAGACGUCCUCCGUCUCCUCCUGUGACGAUUACAUCAUCGUCCUCCCGGACUGCUUCGACACCAGCCGUCCUCUGGGCGAGUCCAUGUACAGCUCCGCCAUGUCGCAGCCCGACACCGCUGCUGCCGCUGCUGCUGCUGAUGUGACCGCCGCCGACCCUGACGUACAGCAGGAGGAAGACGACGGCCUUAACUCCGAGCCAGGAGAGGCGGCGCCGCUGAGAGACAGGCAGGAGGGCGUCGAUGCUGACGAUUCAUCUGUGAACACGUGGCCUCCGCCCGUCCCUCCCACCCACAGCAGUGUGAACCAGAUGCUGUUCGCCUCCCAAACUCUGGACGCCGUGACGCUCACCCCUGAAGUGGUGACGCCGCCGCCGGUGCUGCCCGACCCCCUGCUGCCCCCACCGACGCUCUACUCACCCAGGUCUGAGGCACUGUACCUGGCUGAGGACCCCAGUCCUCCAGCCUGUGAUCCAUAUGAGCCGCACCAACCGAGGGUCCACCUAAAUGUAUCAUCUGGUUUGUCCAGAUCAGCAGGCUCAGCAUCCAGUGCCUUUGAGACGUAUAACCCCAGACCGAGCAACGCUCUGCAGCCAAGGGGCCAAGGAGGCAUCACAGAGGGACUCGUCAAGGGGGCUCUUUCUGUGGCAGCGUCCGCUUAUAAAGCUCUCUUCACCGGACCAAACUGCUCAAUACAGCGAGGCAUCGACCCAGCUACCAGACAGGACCCUUCCCUGAUGGCGAUGCUGCUGGAGAUGGGCUUCAGAGACCAGCGGCUCAACCAGCGGCUGCUGAGGAAGCACGGCUACAGCCUGCUGCACACCGUUAACGAGCUGGUGCAGAUGGCCGAGGACAGCCAGAGCAGAGCUGUCACCGCUCAGCAUCAGAGGGAGAGGGAAAGCUCUCGGAUACUGUGAGGCUGCAAAAGGAAUUUAUCUGACUUAAAAUGUAAAGAGAAUAUUUAGAUUAUGACGUGUAUCUCUCAUUUUGAAUUAUUUAAAGAAGAGACAGAGAAAAGCUAUUAAUCAUUUGUGCAAUCGAUUUUCCAAAGGGUGGAUAAUAUAUUUUAUGAAGGAAGAUUAAGGCCAUGUUAAAAAAAAAAAUUAAGUCAUAAUAUUACGAGAGUAAACUAGUAAAUUUGAGAAAAAAGUUGUAAUAUUACGUGAUUAAACUCAUAAAUUUGGAAGAAAAACAGUCGCAGAUUUAAGUCGGAUGGUUGCCUUUUAUUCAUACAGUUUAAUCAUGUAAUCUUAUAAAUUUACGAGUUUAAUCUUGUAAUAUUUCGUUUAUUCUCGUAAAUGUUUGAGUUUAUCCACGCAAUAUUAUGUCUGGCUUAUUACUCUUGGUCCAAAUAAUACAAACGAAGAUUAGAGCCAUGUUAAAGAAAAAAAUACUGAUUUUGAGAACAAAUUCAUAGUGUUAUGAGAAAAAAGUAGUAAUAUUGUGAGAUUAAACUCUUUACGAGAAAAAAAAUUUAAUAUUAUAAGAUUAAACUUGCAAAAUUUACAAGAAAAAAGUUGUCGUGAAUACACUCCUAAAUUUACAUGAAAAAAAGUUUAAGAUUAAAUCCUGAAAGUUACCUUUUUUCUCGUAAAUGUUUUAGUUUAUCCACAUAAUAUUUAGAGGAUCGAAUUAUCGUUACUCUUGCUCCAAAUAACACCAAGGAGGAUUACAGCCAUGUUAAAGGAAAAAUAAAUGUUAGCUUUGAGUAUAAAGUCGUAAUAUAACAAGAAAGAAGUUGUAAUUUUCCGUAAUUAAACUCAUAAAUUCACAAACAAAAAAGUUGCAGAUUAAGGCUGGACAGUUACCUCUAUUCUCAUAAAGUUAUGCGUUAAAUUACGUAAUAUUACAACUCAACUUUUUUCCUAAACUUACGAAUUUUAUUACAUAAAAUGGCUUUUUUCGUGACUUUUUUUCUCUAAAUCUAUUUUUUUUCUUUUAACAUGGCCCUAAUCAUGCUUUGUAUUAUUUGGACCAAGAGUGACAAUAAUAAGAUAAAAAAUGAAAGAGGAGCAUUUAUUUCUUGUUUACUCGAGAGAAAAGGAAUGCCUGCCUUUGCCUUUAAUUCAGCUUCAACAUUUUGACAAAAUUAACCAUAUAUACACUUGUAAAUUAUAUGAAUAGUGAACCUUUGCCAUGCCUUGUUUACCUGGGGCCACAGAGCCUUAUGUGUUGGUGAAAAGGAGCAGGAGCUGUAGUUUCGACCGGAUUCAAGUGUGCUUUUCAGCUCUCCGUCUUUAGUGUUUGUAUGGCUGUCGUAGCUGCUUCCUCUGCGCUGAAAAAUAAAUGUCGUUCGACAGGGCUUGGCUAGAUCCUUCUCACAAAAAAACAGCAAUGAAAAUGAAUAUCGUUGAAUGUCGCAAGAGGUAGAAACGUCCCGAAGAUGCUACUGAAGCUAUAUUCUGGGUGUUAAGGGUCAGCGGUGCAGUAGUGAGAACAACAAAGUAUUUUUUUCUCGAUUAUCGUAGUGAGAUCUGCCUAAACAAUGCAAUCUUUUUUCUGUAUCAGAGUACUGUUAUUUUAGACGUUGACAUGUGGAAUGUAUACAAAAACUGUCCGAACGCGUCAGACUCGGAUGUUUUCUACGGCUUUUUAGGAGACACCUGCAUGACAGGUAGAGGCUUUAGAGAUGAGUCGUGUUCUCGUGGUCUUAGCACAGUCACGGUAGAAAAUGUCCGCUUUGCGUCAUCGACCCCCCCGCCCUGCCUGCAUCCUCAUCUACGGUCAUUUUAGCACUAACCCAAGCUGAGAUGUCUCUAACAACACAUUCCUCACUCUCAUAGUGGAACCAAGUAUGUUUUAUCUCAUGACAUUGCCGUUUUGACGAUUAGUUUACUGAAAUUUACAUGUGGUGAUUUGACAUUUGUGGUGUGAGCGUGCGGAUUUAAGUUCAUGUCUGUUAUUUUGUGUGUUCGUGUGGGUGGGUGAGAAUUUCUUUUCUUUUUUUCGAACCAUCUUCUGUUGAUUGUUUUGAAGAAUCAUGCUCUAGAGAAUAAUUCUGAAUAUAUCUACUAUGCUUGUCAAAUUAUUCCUCUGUCACAGAGUGUACACAUCAAACCCCUUCUACUGUCAAUCCGCCAAUAAACUAUUUGCACAUCU